CGAAAGGCAAAAUAUUCCAACGUGACGUCAAAUUUGAAUGUCGGCGUACACAAACAAUCCACGGUGCUGAAAAUGAAACAACAAUUUUAAGUCCUCCUGAAUGAUGUGUAGAAUGGCAAUAUCUAUUGCAAUCCUAGACUGUGACCUACUGCUGCAUGGUCGUGGGCACAAAACCCUUGAUCGGUUUGAUAUUGAAACAGUAUCAGAUGAAUUUCUUCUGACAACAUUUGGUUUUCCACGUGAGUUCAUUUAUUACCUGGUGGAACUGUUAAAGGAUGAUUUGUUGAGACGCACACAGAGGUCUAGAGCCAUUAGCCCUGAUGUUCAGAUACUUGCGGCCCUGGGUUUCUACACAACAGGAUCCUUUCAGAGCAAGAUGGGAGAUGCGAUUGGCAUCAGUCAGGCCUCCAUGAGUCGCUGUGUUUCCAAUGUUACUAAAGCUCUGAUUGAGAAAGCACCUGAGUUUAUUGGCUUCACAAGGGAUGAGACAACCAAGCAGCAGUCCAAAGAGGAGUUCUACAGAAUAGCAGGAAUCCCAAAUGUCAUGGGAGUAGUGGACUGUGCACAUAUAGCCAUAAAAGCACCUAAUGCAGAUGACUCUUCCUAUUUUAAUAAAAAAGGAUUUCACUCCAUCAAUUGCCAAUUAGUAUGUGAUGCCAGAGGCUUGUUGCUUAGUGCUGAGACUCAUUGGCCAGGUAGUCUGACAGACAGAGCCGUCUUUAAGCAGUCCGGUGUGUCAAAGCUGUUUGAAGAGACGGAUAAUGUCGAUGGCUGGCUUUUAGGUGAUAACCGUUAUCCUUUAAAGAAGUGGCUGAUGACUCCAGUGCAGAGCCCAGAGUCUCCUGCUGACUAUCGCUUUAAUAUGGCUCACACAACAACGCAUGAGAUUGUGGACCGCACAUUCAGAGCUAUUCAGACACGUUUUCGGUGUCUGGAUGGUGCAAAGGGUUACCUGCAGUAUUCCCCAGAGAAAUGCUCUAGUAUCAUUCAGGCCUGUUGUGUGCUACAUAACAUUUCCUUGCAAUCUGGCCUUGAUGCCUGGACUUUUGAGAGGACGGAGGCCACAGAUCAGUCGGAGGAGGAUAAAGAUCCCACUGAUACCGUUGAUCCAGAGGCUCUAAGAAUUAGACAGGAACUCAUCCAAAACCAUUUUAGCUAAAGAAAAUACGAUUCACCAUUUCACACUAUAUGCUGUUGUUUUCCUGCGUGCCAAGAUUUUGUUAUGAUUGCACAGUGUAAUGUGUGGCUCAGUUGUGGUCUUUGUAAACACAAGAACUGCAGAUUUGGAGGCUUUUAUUCAUUUUAGUAAUAAACAGAAUUAUGACUGUAAGGAAUAAGGGAAAGAGAUUUUUAAAUGUGAUUUAUUUAUUGUGUUUUAUUUUCUUCUGUUUGA